GCACCUCCAGCACUGAGAGGGGCAGCCCCUCGUCCCCAGAGGCCAAAAUGGCCCAGGACAUGACAGAGAAGGAGCUGCUGAAGAUGGAGCUGGAUCAGCUGAAGAAGGAGGUGAAGAACGAGAGGCAGAUGGUCUCCAAGACAGCCAAAGAGCUCAAGGACUACAUCGAGUCCAUGGCGGGUGAGGACCCGCUGCUGAAAGGAAUCCCUGAGGACAAGAACCCCUUCAAGGAGAAGGGUGGCUGCACAAUCAGCUGACACCCCGCUGCUGUCCCCACCGGGCACGGGGACACUCCUGAGUGCAAGCCAAGACUCUCAGAAACCUGCUUUCCCUGUAGUCUGACCUCGUCACUGGG